AUGGCAGGCCGCGUCGCUGUGGAUAGAGUCUUGCAAUCUGCAUUACCCUUAGUGCCCGAGUAUGGUUUUACAUUGGCUGCCGUACGCAAGGCCAUAGAAUCGAAUCCGAUGUCCAGUGCAACAUCACAGCAGCCCAAGGAUCUCGACCGUGUACUCGCCAUCCUGUUUCCUGGCCCUGACACGGCGCCGACCUCGGCGCCUAGACGUCUAUUUCAAGCGUGGGAUGACGAAGCAUGGGCCAGCACGGUCUCGAAUUUCACGGACAAAGCAGUGAGGGACGCAAAGGCCGAGCGCAUUCCGUGCCAGGCCGCGUUCGAUAGCGCCGUGCAUCUGCUCUCUGAUCGGCUCUCCUACAGCACUAUUGUACAGCCCCACUUGCUUCCUCCCGAAUGGUAUGCGCUUCGCACCCGUCUUGGCGCGGCGUAUGGCACUGCAGAGGCCGCGGCAUUAGGGCUUGACUAUUUCCCAAGCGCUGAUAUAUUACACAUGCAGUCUGCCAUUGAGGCUGAGGAAUCUAAUGGUAUCCCAGAAGGGCAUUGGGGCGCCCCGCCUGUCUUUGUACAGAAUGUGACAGCAGCGCAACCCAAUACGUUUUGUGCACAAGACGUAGUGCAGCCUUCUCAAACACAUAUUGGAGAUGAGCAUUGGGCGAAUGGUGACUUGCUCACUGUUGAGACGGAUGUCGGGCAUGGGCCGCAUAAGUCUAUUGAUACGAAUCAGUCGUGCCCCAUGAGCCAGAAGAAAGCAAGUGUUGUGCCCGAGCAGGAAGACGACGAGGAUGAGGGACCACGAACUGGGCUCAAGGGCUUUAUAAGCACCACAAAAGAGUAUUUAAAAGGUGACACUGACAGGGUGGAAAGGAUGGCGUUUGAAAAGGAAAUCAAGGAGCGUCUUUCCAUGGACCCUGCGCCAUUUCUCUUUUCUUCCAGUGAAUUGUGCUCUUUGAUUGACCCAGAAGAUAUCGAUCGUCUGCACAACAUGGGCGGCACCGCAGGCUUGAUGAAAGGCUUAGAAACGGAUCCGAACAUGGGUCUUUGCACGGAUAAGUGCGAGGGCACGAUGCUGGACGAACGCCGCCGCGUAUACGGUUCCAAUAAUCUGCCACAACGCAAGUCAAAGAGCCUACCCAUGCUCAUGUGGCUGGCCUUGCAGGAUAAAGUGUUGAUAUUGCUGAUCGUCGCUGCAAUUGUUUCACUCGCGCUCGGUCUAUACCAGGACAUCCCGCGCCCGAAAGAACGUAUUCCAUGUUUGAAUCCCCCGCCUGGCUUUGACGACUGUCAGAAACCCAGUGUCGAUUGGGUUGAAGGUGUCGCGAUUAUGGUCGCUGUAGUGAUUGUCGAUUUGGUUGGCUCCUUGAAUGACUGGCAAAAAGAAAGGCAAUUUCGGGCGUUGGACGCCAAAAAAGAUACGCGAGAUGUCAGUGUUUUGCGCAACGGAAACAAGACGCUUAUCGAUAUUCACGACGUUCUCGUGGGUGAUAUCAUCUAUGUCGAGCCCGGAGACAUGGUCGACUUUGACGGUGUGGUCCUGAAAGGUUACAAUGUAAAGUGUGACGAGUCGAGUGUCACGGGAGAGUCUGACAUGAUCGCAAAGGUGUCGUACGAUGACUACAUGGAGGAUUUGGCAAGUCAGGAAGCAUCGACAAAGCACAAGAGUUGUUUUAUGAUUUCUGGCUCCAAGGUGAACGAAGGCAUUGGAGAAUACGUUGUCACUGCCGUUGGCCCUCUUACCUUUUACGGAAAGCUUAUGCUCUCCUUACGUGCCGCGCCGGAGAAUACGCCACUGCAGGCGAAGCUCAACAGAAUGGCGGAGCUGAUUGCCAAGCUUGGCACUGCCGCAGGUGUGCUCUUGUUCACUGCAUUGAUGAUCAAGUUCUUUGUGCACCUCGGACGGGAAAACUCUAUUACCAGUGAUAUUGGAAAGCAUUAUGGCGAGAAGUUUAUCAACAUCCUCAUUAUUUCUGUCACCAUUAUUGUCGUCGCUGUUCCCGAAGGUCUUCCCCUUGCAGUGACGCUGGCUUUGGCUUUUGCAACGCGCCGCAUGUCUAAUCGAAACUUGUUAGUGCGCGUCCUUAGCUCUUGUGAGACGAUGGCGAACGCAACUUGCAUUUGCACGGACAAGACCGGUACAUUGACACAAAACAAGAUGCAUGUAGUCGCUGGCUGCAUCGGCGCAGGAUUCGAAUUCAUGGACAGCGUGAAGAUGGAAGUGCAUGCGCAACUGAGUGAUAAUGUAGUGUCGCUGGAAAACUUGACCUCAGACUUGUCGCCGCCCAUCCGCGACAUGCUGACGAAUUCUAUUUGCAUCAAUUCUACCGCAUUCAUUCCAGAAAACAAAGAAGAGGUGGUUGUUGAAUCGGAAAAAGAAAAGUCCUUGUUUCCUUGGCUCACUGCCAUGUUUGGCAAGGCCCCCCACGAUCUUCCGCGCGAAGAAGACACCAUGUUCAUUGGGUCCAAGACGGAAAUAGCAAUGCUGAGCAUGGUCCAAAACCUGCAAUGGGGCGACUUUGAAAGCAUACGCGAGCAGGCUGAUAUAAUCCAGAUCAUUCCCUUUGCAUCACGCAGGAAAGCAAUGGGUGUUGUUGUAAAAACGGACAAUGGCUAUCGGUUUUACACUAAAGGAGCCAGUGAAGUACUUCUCCAACGCAGUACAGCGUGUGUGGUAGCGAAAGCGGGCGAAAGCCAUAGCGAUCAAAUCCCUACGCUGCCAAUGGAUGAAGCGAUGCGAAGCACACUGGAAACAACAAUUCACGACUUUGCAUCGCAAUCGCUGCGCACCAUUAGCAUGUGCUAUCGCAAUUUUGACAGUUGGCCACCGCCUGGCGCCAGUAUGCUGGAAGGAGACGAAGUCGAUUACGAGUCGAUAGCUAGCGACCUCACCAUGCUUGGUAUCUUUGCCAUUGAAGAUCCGUUGCGGCCUGGCGUAAAAGAAGCCGUGCGCGCUUGUACCAGGGCUGGCGUUCAAGUCAAGAUGUGCACUGGUGAUAAUCUGAUCACAGCUUGCUCCAUUGCAGUACAGUGCGGCAUCUACAAACCAGGAGGUGUUGUCAUUGAAGGACCCAUGUUCCGACAGCUGAGUGAUGAAGAUUUGACGCAGAUAGUGCCUAACUUGCAGGUACUGGCACGAUCAAGUCCCGACGACAAGAAGAAGCUGAUCGAUAAAUUAAAACGUAUGGGAGAAGUUGUUGCAGUCACCGGAGAUGGUACCAAUGACGGGCCUGCUUUGAAGUCUGCACACGUCGGCUUUUCCAUGGGCCUUGCUGGAUCCGAAGUUGCAAAAGAAGCAAGCGAUAUUAUUUUGUUGGACGACAACUUUAGCAGUAUUGUCGACGCCAUCAAGUGGGGUCGCUGUGUGAACGACUCGGUCCGCAAGUUUUUGCAGUUCCAAAUCACUGUCAACAUUGUCGCUGUGGUUGUCACUUUUGUUUCUGCUGUGGCGAGCGAGCAAGAGACUUCGGUGCUCACCGCAGUACAACUUCUCUGGCUCAACUUGAUUAUGGACACACUUGCCGCUCUGGCAUUGGCAACGGAUCCCCCAGACGACACUUCAUUGGACAGAAAACCAGACAAGACUACCACGCCACUAGUAACAACCGACAUGUGGAAACAGAUUGCCGUGCAGUCUAUUUUUCAAAUUAUCCUUGUCUUUGUCCUGAAUUUCAGAGGCAGCGAUAUCCUGAAUAUGAGCAGUGAGGAUGCCGCACAUGAAUUGCAAAAUAAUAUCCACCUUGGCGCGCUGAUUUUUAAUGUAUUUGUUUGGUGCCAACUUUUCAACGAAGUCAAUGCGCGCCGCUUGGACCGCAAUUUGAAUAUUUUCCAAGGCAUCCGUAAUAAUCUCUGGUUUGUCCUCAUCAUCGCGAUUGAGAUUGGUGCUCAGGUUUUGAUCAUGUUUAAAGGAGGACAAGCGUUUAGCGUUACUGAGCUCAACGGACGCGACUGGGGUAUCUCUAUUGUUGCUGGCUUUGUUUCUUGGCCGCUUGGUGUGCUCACCAGGCUUUGUCCUACGCAGCCCAUUGAGGAUUUCUUGAUUCGAUUGCAUCUGAUGCCGGAUCCAAACGCACUGCCUGUCGAGUCUCCAGAAGCACAGACCAUGAAACUUUCUCCAGAGUAUUACAACGAUUGGAACGAGCCUGCUGUGGGACGACUGGCUGAGAAACUGGGCGCAUUUUCCCGUAUUCGUGGUGGACGACUGCGUGCGAGUAAUUUGGUGAUGAAGAGCAGCAAGCGGCGUAUGCGGGAGAAGAAUGUGCAUCCGCAGGAUUUGUUGGCCAUUGUCCCUGCAAUGAUUGGUGCGAGUGUCGGCGGUGGUUGGAAGCAUUUUAAUGCCGACCAAACCAAUACACAGGGUCGCGAUGGGGGAACAGCGAACCAAGGGCCCCAACUUUCUGCGCGCACUUUGUACAAGGAAGGGAAGCUUCGUUUCCAUCCGAAUACGCUCAAUGAUACUCCCUACCUUUUGUACCUUUCCGGCGAGAGCACGCAUUAUUAA